AUGCCACCGUCUUCGAAAUCAGACGGUUUGAAGACGGAAAAGUUGGACAGUGAGAGCCUUGUCGCGUUUGAUCACGCCGCUGCUGGACAUGACGGCGUUCGCUGUACCCCCUCAGGCUCCUUGAUCGCAAAGCCAUGCACUCCCGAAGAAGUGGCUUUUUAUGAAUCUACCGCCCUCCAUCCAGAAUUUCGGGAGUUUAUCCCCAUAUACAUCGGUACACUCUCUGCCGCCGACCAACAACAGCCUUUUGCGCUCGCUGCCGCGCAGCAAUCCGGGGCUAUCGUGCUUCCCGGAUCGGAUUACUCGCCAACAUCGGAUACUCAAACCGUUACGGGGACGCCAUCGUCUAGCGCAACACCAUCUACAGAGAAAGCUCCCGCUGCGAAAGAGGAAGGUUCAUGGGUGCCUUCUGGUGGACGAAAGCUUGAAACGGGUCUAUCGGUCGUGCUGGAGAAUGUGGCUUCUGGAUUCAAGAGACCAAACGUGCUGGACGUGAAGCUUGGGGCAAGAUUAUGGGCUGACGAUGCCCCUCCAACGAAGCGAACAAAGUUGGAUGCCGUUUCAAAGGAAACAACCAGCUCCGGUCUCGGAUUUCGGAUCGCCGGCAUGAAGGUGUGGACCGGUGUGAAUGGGGAAACCGACGAAGGAGGGCACACUGAUCCAUAUGCGACCAAGUAUGAGGGAGCAGAAGGCGCAAAGGGUGAAGUCAUUGAGAAAAAUGGCUACAGGCGCUAUGACAAGUGGUACGGGCGAUCAUUCAACGAUAAUAAUGUCAAAGAAGGUUUCGAAACGUUUCUUGCUGGAGCAAAAUCUGGGAACGUCGAUCGUUCCAAGCUUGUUGCUAAGAGAUUGGCGGGCGAGUUAAGGAAAGUGCGGCAGGUUCUGGAGUCGGAAGAGAGUAGAAUGUACUCCUCGAGUGUCUUGGUUGUUUAUGAAGGAGAUUCUGAAUCGAUGGAGCACGCACUCGAUGAGGAAAAGAAGGCCAUUGAGAACCAACCAGAAGAAUCCGAGCAGGAUGAGGAGGAAGAAGAAGACUUGGACUUUAAUGGUUCUCUCGAGUUGCUGGAUGUCAAGGUCGGGGAAAACGGCAUACCACACCAGACAAUCAAUAUCAACAUCGAUCCAGAAACAGCACAACAUUUUGAUCUGGACGAUGAGGAUGAAGAAGAGGCCCCAAAGGUCCACGAUCUUCGCCUGAUUGACUUUGCCCACGCCAACUGGACGCCUGGUCAGGGACCAGAUGAGAAUGUCCUUAAGGGAGUUCGAAGCUUGAUAAAAAUCUUCGAUGAGCUUGCGCAGGACUAA